UCCCGCAGCCUGUCGGCCGUCACGUGCCGGAGCGUCCCGGGCGCCUCGGCUGUGGGCGGCGGGGCAUGGACCCUCAGGCGGCCACGGGGCCGGGGCCGGGCGGACCGAGCGCUCGGGAGGCCCCCAGCGCGGAGGCUGCUUUUGCCGAAUCUGACCUCACUGGUCAGGAGACAGAGACGGAGAUGGCCAUGGAUCGACUAGCCAGUGGAGCCCAGAGCAUCCCUCCUGAUAUUGCUCCUGCUGAGGCCCCAGGUUCUGACGAGGAAGCUGAUGGGGAUGCCUACGGCUGGGAGCUGUCGGAAGGUCCACCCUGCCCACCCAUGGAACAGGCUGCUGAUCUCUUUAAUGAGGACUGGGACUUGGAGCUGAAGGCAGACCAAGGCAACCCUUACGAUGCUGAUGACAUCCAGGGGAGCAUUUCUCAAGAGAUUAAACCUUGGGUGUGCUGCGCCCCACAAGGAGACAUGAUGUAUGACCCCAGCUGGCACCAUCCGCCUCCACUGAUACCACAUUAUUCGAAGAUGGUCUUUGAAACAGGACAGUUUGAUGAUGCUGAAGACUGAGUCUCGCUUCCUGCCCUGGGGGAAUUUUUGUGUCCUCCAGAUCAGAGUUGUUUCCUGUGUGUUAAGUGAGAUAUCCUUUCCAAGGCAUUGUUGCCAGUGGCUCCCCUGUGGGCUAUAACAGGUGUUGUCUGGGGGCCUGCUGCCCUCCCGUUUUGUUGUUACUGAUGUUAAUGGACUCUUUGCAUUAUGUUGGCAUUUUGUGUGUCAGAUUGUGUCCUUUAUAAAUAAAGGUAGGGGGAAAUACCCAGUA